AUGUUCCGCACAGCCACCUCGUUUGCACUGGAAGAGAGGAAAGAGAAGAAUCUUUCGGACUUGCUAGGAAAAUUGCGGCCUAUGAGUAAGAAAGCACAAAUCCGAAACAAGUCUGGUAUGGAGAAAGUAUCCUUUUGUGCACCUUUUAUUUCCGAUGAGGAUUGGAAGCAGCACCGCCUUCCGUUUCACAUGGAGCACCUUACGACAUCAACGUUAGACAGCAAUUGGAACGAGGAAAUCCUGGAAAAUGAUAACAUGUUCGGACAUGAAGAGAUGAGGGUAAAGCAGAGUUACCGUCCUGAGAUUUCUUCCGUUGACGACGUAAGCAGUAUUGGUCCAUAUGAUAAGCUGGAAGCCAACAAGCAAAAAUUGAGCUACCAAACUCGAGUUGGAUUUCCACUGAGUUGCAGGAAGUGGACUGCUCCUGAUUCUGAUUCUUGCUUUAAUCUGCACCAAAAUCAACCUGCUAUGGAGGAACAGUCGGCACCUAUAGAGAAGGAGUUUGAUAUGGAUGAGGCACUCAGGAAUGAAAUGUUUGAUUUGUAUGUGGUCAGUGGGUCACAGCAAAUGGAUAAUACUCCCUGCAAUGUAGUAAAUGUGCAACCAAUUUUGGGUUCCGUAUCUCGGAGAGAGUCCAGAUCCUCUGGGAGAUCUUCCGAAGAAAGGAUUUGUGAACAAGCAAAAAGCAUCAUCGCAAGAGUGCGCAUUUUUUUUAAUGCAUAUGGAAAAGAUAUAGAGAGUUACGACCUUCACUUAUCUCGAUACAAUGAGAUAGCUCUUCCUCGAGCUAACGUGUAUAUGAGACGUCUUUUGAAAGACCAUCCUUCACCUACAGAAUUUUUGCGUAGGCUUGUAAGAGGUCGUUUCGAGCUGUUUAAUGAUCCUGAUAAAUGGACAUCUCGGGCAACUGGCAUAAACAUUGAUACUGUAAGGCAGUGUGUUGAUCCUGUUCCCAACGCUUCCUGCAUUGCUGGUGGAAAGCUUGUAGAAAGGAGGAGGCGCCGUCGCACUGUUGCCAGUGAUCGCCCGACAUCCAUUCGCGGAACUACCACAUCUCGGAGAAACGAAGGUGAUGAGACUGAUAAUGCCGCUAGGAAAAGAACACGUACGAAGAGAAAGGCACUCAGGAAGUUUGAUAAGGUGGAUGCAAAUGGUUAUUAA